AUGGCUGCGCCGAACCCUGAUGCCCCGAGCGAGGGGAGGCCCAAACAAACACACUCGCCGCUCUCGCCCCUUUCCACCUCACUGCCACCCGUCGCAGAGGCAGAGGCAGAGAUCGAGACUAUGACUAUUACCCUCGUCCAGGAAAAAGCCAUCGAUCCGAUCAUCACCUCCUGCGAACGUACACAGCAUCACACGCAAUCAGCAACAACAACAACAACCACAAUAGAAGACUACGACCCGCACAUCGGCGCAAAGCCCUGCUCCCCCUUCUACCGGCACGCAACGCCCUCCUCAAAACUAAGCCGGCUCACCUCGCAACGGAAACGGUCGCGGAGUGUCGGGAUGGUGACGAGUCCGAUUGACGAUCUCGAGGGCGGUGCCCCCGCGUGGCAGAGGCUCUACGAUGACGAGACGAGGAAUACGCGCGAGUCGAAGCUGUGGGUGCAGGAGAAGCGGCACUGUGACUGUUUGAGUGGACUGAGUAACAAAAGGCGAAUGGCGGUCAAGAUUGCGAUUGCGGUGGUGGUGCUGGGGAGCAUGGUCGCCAUUGCGUUGGGGAUUACGGCUGCGGUUGGGGGCGGGGUGUGGAGUGGGGAUCAUCAGCAGGAGAGGUUUGGAUGA